AUGUUCAGAGGGUUUAGAUCAGCCAGGGUGUUGAAGUCUUCAUUCAUACCCAGGCCUGUUGUUUAUGCAGGAGCAGUUAUAGGUGGUACGGUUGCUGGGGUAUACUGUUUGGAUUCACGUUCGGCCAUAUAUGAGUACGUGGUGUGCCCUAUUAUCAGGGCAGCCACGGAUGCUGAACUGGGCCACAAGAUUGGGGUAUUAUCUAUGAAGUAUGGGCUUACGCCGUGGCUCCUUGACGAUAAGACCAACAACCCAGAGAGCCUUAAGGUGAAUGUGUUUGGGACGACAUUGAAUAACCCUGUUGGAAUUGCUGCUGGAUUUGAUAAGGAAGGUGAGGCUAUUGAUUCAUUAUUCGACCUAGGAUUCUCCUAUGUGGAGAUUGGGUCUAUAACUCCAGAAGCUCAGCCAGGUAAUCCCCAGCCAAGAUUCUUCAGAUUGCCAAGGGACGAGGCAGUUAUAAACAGGUAUGGUUUCAAUUCGUCUGGCCAUUGGAGCGUUAUUGCGAGACUUAAGUUGAGAUUUAGUAAAUUGUUCAAUGCCUGGGGUACUCAGCACUCAGCAGUCGAUGAACCAUUUGGCAAUUCAUUCAGAAACGGAAAGCUUUUGGCGAUAAAUUUAGGUAAGAAUAAGUUUGGUGACGAAGUUUCUGAUUACGUCAAGGGUGUUACAAGAUUGGGACCAUACGCGGAUGUAUUAGUUAUCAAUGUGUCGUCUCCAAAUACACCAGGCUUGAGAGACUUACAAAGUGAACUGAAAUUGACGAACUUGUUGACAACUGUAGUUGAGGAAAGAGAUGCAUUGGGACCCAACUUAUUAGGAAAGAUCCCACCUGUACUAGUGAAAGUUGCGCCCGAUCUUACCGAGCCAGAAAUUGAAUCAAUUGCCAGUGCUUCAAAGCAAGCAAAGGUCGAUGGUAUUAUUAUUUCCAAUACCACCAUCCAGCGCCCAACCGAGAGGCUCUUGACUACCAAUGGCGAAUUAAUUAACCAGACUGGUGGUUUAUCUGGAAAACCAUUAAAACCCUUGAGUUUACAAGCUUUAAGAUAUCUUAGGAAGCACACCAAGGAUUCUAACUUAGUGCUUAUUGGAUGCGGAGGAAUUUCAUCUGGUAAGGAUGCAUUGGAGUUUGGAAAGGCAGGCGCUACUUUUAUUCAAUUGUACACUGCAUUCGCUUACAAAGGACCUGGAUUACCAGCAAAGAUCAGAGACGAAUUGGCUCUCGAAUUAAAAAAGGAAGGGAAGACGUGGGAGCAAAUUAUUGGCCAAGACGACCAGUAA